AAAGUCAGUAAAGACUCUGACUCUUGCUGUUGGUCUUGUUUGCAGGACAGGUCAAGUGCCUGCAACAUGAGCUGGAAGCAGAGAGAGCUCUGAGGAGGCAGGACGAAGAAGACACAGCUCAACAGCUCCUGCAGGCAGAGCAGCAGCAUCACGAAAGCCUCAGACUUCAGGGAACUGCUCAGCAACUGGAAAUAAAGAAGCUCCUGCAAGACCUGGCGAGUGAGCGCGAAAGGCACCGUGCAGAGAUGAAGGAGACGCUGGAGCAAUGGGAGAAAGAGACGGCAGAGAGAGAGCAGGAGCACAAGAAGGUCCUGCUGGAAGAGCAGAAGGAGAAGAGUGCUUUAUCAGAGGCACUGCUCCAAACUCAGGAAGAGCUCAGCCGAGCCCGCCAGCAGGUCCAGCAGUUCAGGCAGGAGCUGAAAGAGCAGCAAGAGAAGGGGCAGACCAUCAAGGCAAAUCUGCAAGAUGAGCUGCAGGAAUUUGGCAGUGAAGUCCAGGCAGCGCAGAGGAGGCACGAGGAAGAGCUGCAAGGCCUCAAAGAGGAAAUGAAUCUCCUCCUUGAGCAGAGGGAGGCUCUACAAAAGCAGGUGAGCGAAACAGCAGUGGCACUGCAGCCAUGCAGCAAGGGGUCUGUGGCCUUCUUGCUUUCCCAUGGCACAGCAGCAGCUGGUGGGCUGAUCCCUGGGGCUGUCUCAUGCUCUGGGGGCUCCACGGCAGCUGCUCUGAAGGACACUCAGUGCUCUGCUGAAUGUCAGCUGCUGCUCUGGACAGCUGGGCUAGUCCUGUGCGCUGCUGGCCAGCAACCAUCAGCAUGGAUUCCUGCUGGCCUCUUCUUGCUAGCCUUGGUUUGGCAGGUGCUUUUUCAGGUGCCUUUGGUGGUGGGAGAGUUGACAUCUCAGCUGGCAGCCUCCCAAGAGUGCCAGGAAACGACUGUGCAGAGAGCCCAGCAAGAUGUGAGGGAGGCCCAGGAGGAGUCCAGGCAGAAGCUCGUGGAGGUUGAGCACGCCCAGAAGCUGCUGAAGGAGGCAGAACAUCAGAACGAGGAGAUGCAAGUGAUUCUGGAGUACCUGGAGAGGAAAUGGAGUCAAAGGGAAGAAGUGGCACAGCAAAAUUCAGAAUUGCAGGCUUCUGUCAAUGCCCUAGAGAGGGAAAAAGCCAGGCUGAUUCUGUCUCUGGAGGAGAAGAGCCUGUGCCUCAGAACGCUGGAAGAACAGAACCUGGCACUGAACAAUCAGGUGUCUCAGUGUCACACAGCUCUUCAGCAGGCCCAGCAGCUCUCUUCAAACCGCGCUGGACAACUGCGGGAGCUCAACACGCAGAUCCGGGCCCUGCAGGACGCAGUGCUGCAGAUGCAGGCUUCCCAGGCAACUCGAGAGAAGCAGCUGCUGAAGGAGCUGGAGGAGUCUCGAGCAGGAGAACGCCGUUUGAGGGACUCUGUGCACGUGCUGCAGGCUGAGGUGUCUGAGCUGCGUGGGAAGCUCCAGAGCUCUGAUGACAAAGCUCUUGCCUUGGCCACACAGUGCCAGGCUGUGGAGCUGGAGCUGACGAAGACACAGGCUCAGAGUGACAACCUCAGAGCCCGCAACCUGGAGCUGCAGGAGUUGGAGGAAACUGAGCAAGAUUGGUGGAAGGCAGAAGCCAAGCACUUUUCUCGAGAAACUGCCCUGGAGAAAGAGGCCACUGAAAGACAGGAAGAGGAUUUGACUCUUCGUCAGGAGGUGGCAUCUCUGAAGAUGAAAUUGGAAAACGUGGAGAAGGAAAGCAAAGAUGUGCUGAAGCUGUAG